CCACCACUCCAAACGGUGAACAAAUCAUUUGCGUUCAGGACUAAACCACGCAAACACGGGUCGCUGGCAUUCUAUUUUUCUCUGUUUAAUUCGUUUUGAGGUCCAACAUGAAUCCUGACAUACUGAAUGAGAGGCAGAAGGCAACCUUUGACGUCGAGAAACUCACCAACAUUUUGAACGGAGGCCCCGAGAAGACCAAGAGAAGAAGAGAAAUUGAGUCAAUGGUCCUGAAUGACCCAGACUUUAAGUACGAGGACCCAAACUUCCUGUCCCGUAGUGAGCGCUAUGACCAAGCUGUUAGAAAGAGUGCCCAAAUGAUCCUCAAGCUGAGGGAGUAUGGCAUUGCGGACCCAGAGGAGAUCUACUGCUAUAAGAGAAUGUUUCGAGGCAACUUUCAGGAGGCAAUGGGGCUACACUUUGUCAUGUUCAUCCCAACCCUCUAUGGCCAAUGUGACCCUGAGCAGUCCAAGAAAUGGUUACCUCUAGCAGAGUCCUACCAGGUCCUGGGCACGUAUGCUCAAACUGAGCUAGGUCACGGCACACAUCUCAGAGGACUCGAGACCACUGCCACAUAUGACCCAAAUACACGGGAGUUUAUUCUAAACAGUCCGACUGUCAGCUCAAUCAAAUGGUGGCCUGGAGGUCUUGGGAAGACAUCAAACCAUGCAAUUGUACUUGCCCAGCUCUAUACUCAGGGAAGCUGCCACGGUCUGCAUGCUUUCAUUGUACCUAUCCGUGACAUGAACACACACAAACCACUACCAGGUAUUGUUGUUGGGGAUAUUGGACCCAAAUUCGGUUUUAAUGAAGUCGACAACGGCUUUUUGAAACUUGACCAUGUGCGGAUACCACGAGAGAACAUGCUCAUGAAAUACGCUAAGGUGGACCCAGACGGCACCUACGUCAAGCCACCCAGUGCUAAGCUGACUUACGGCACCAUGGUUUUCAUCCGUUCCAUGAUUGUAGGCGAGUCCGCUCGAGCCCUUGCAAAAUCCAGCACCAUCGCCAUCCGCUACAGUGUGGUCCGCCACCAGUCUGAAAUCCGGCCUGGAGCCCCAGAACCUCAGAUCCUUGACUACCAGACGCAGCAAUACAAACUGUUCCCUGUGCUUGCUAUGGCUUAUGCCUUCACUUUUGUUGGCCAGUACAUGAACGAAACAUACCACCGCAUCAGUGGAGACAUCCACCAGGGGGACUUUAGUGAGCUGCCAGAGCUCCACGCUCUGUCUGCGGGUUUGAAGGCUUUCACCACGUGGGCAGCCAACUCUGCCAUUGAGGUGUGCCGCAUGUCGUGCGGUGGUCACGGCUACUCCCGCAGCAGUGCCUUGCCAGACAUAUAUGUUGAGUUCACCCCAACUUGCACCUACGAGGGCGAGAACACAGUCAUGAUGCUGCAGACUGCGAGAUACUUGAUGAAAAGCUACAGGCAGGCUAGAGCUGGUGAGCAGCUGCAUGGCAUUGUGUCAUACCUUAAUGAAGCAGAGCAUCAGAGAAUCCAGCCACAGCUCGUCACCGCAAGAACAACUGGGCUCGAUAUCAAUGACCUGUCCAGUCUGGUGGAGGUCUACAAGCUACGGGCCGCCACUCUGGUAGAGCUGGCAGCCAAGAGCAUCCAGAAGGAGCUGCAGCACAACAAGAGACAAGAGGAUGCCUGGAAUAAUAGUGCCAUCGACCUGGUCCGGGCCUCUGAUGCCCACUGUCACUAUGUGGUAGUGAAGCUCUUUGCUGACAAGUUGGCAGGGAUUGAUGCUGCCUCCAUACACUUGGUGCUUUUGACGCUUGCUCGCCUCUACGCCCUUCAUGGCAUCUCAAACAACUCUGGAGACUUCCUUCAGGCUGGACUGUUGAACGGGUCUCAGCUGCUGGAGAUUACUACUCGUAUCAAAGAGCUGCUUUCUGAGCUGAGGCCAAAUGCUGUGGCGCUGGUCGAUGCCUUUGAUUUCCAUGACAGGAUGUUAAAUUCAGUCCUGGGGCGAUAUGACGGGAAUGUCUACGACCACCUGUUUGAAUGGGCCCGGCGCUCACCGCUGAACUCUACAGAGGUCCACGAGUCCUAUCAUAAGUAUCUGGAGCCACUGAGGUCCAAGCUGUGAGAUGAACCACAAAUAAUGAUAGCGAGCAUUUUUGCUUGUGAAUAAGAAAUGGACUAGUGCAUCAUUUCAAGCGUUUGCUCUCACCUCAUUUAGAUUCACUUGUGUCCUUAAGACGAAGUCCGUCUCUAAGACAAUCAGGCGAAGAGAGGUUUUUGACUGUCUUAUAAAUGUGUUUUUUCAAUAACUUGAUUUAAAAUAGUUUUAAAUUACAUAAUUAGGAAUUACAGAUUGCUGUGCCACAAAAAAUAUCCACAUUAGAUGUAUGUUUGUGAAACUUGAAAGUUAUCUAAUUAUGUAAUAUGUCCUCAACUCCCAUCCUCUCUGUUGUAGCCUGAUGCCGCUCUUUUGUGUGCCAGUUAAGUUUUUCCUAACAAGAACAGAAUGCAACGAGUAAUAUUACAUAACAAUCCCAACACCAACAUCUCUUUUUGUUAUUUGCCGUAGGCUACUGGUCUUCUUGUCAUUGUUUUACAAGAAAGAAUUAUUGCGUUCCUCGUACAUGCACAUUAAAUUCAGACAUUUGAUGUGCAUCUUAGACUUGAAGCAAACUACAACAACUUCACCUCAGAAACUAUUGCUCUUUUACUUCCUAAAUUCUGUGUGUAAUUUCUGGGGCUUUGAGGUUGGCACAUUUUUUGUUGUGGCUCGGUGUUUUGGGGCCAUCAAAAUUAUUUGGCCAGUGAGUCUACAAUGCACACUAGCAUGUAUCAUGACAACGAAAAUGAGCAUUACCACAUUUUUGCUUGCGUGCAUAGAAAGCCGAGCUCAAUGUAGAAUUAAAAGGUCUUGGAGAAGAUGCAGAUAGGGGCUUUGAGGAGAACCACUUCAUAAAUAAAAGGUCAUGAGGUGUUCUGUUGUUGAUGGGCUCUUUGCAUAUAAUGACUCACGUUGCAGAAAUGAAAUUUGUUCUUUUUUUUCUGGGUUUAAAAAAUGGCAUUAUUCUACAAGCUGGUAAAGGGACUUUUCCAAACUCACCACCACAGACGUACGGUACAUUGUCUUUUUAACUGCUCAUCAGUGAUUUAGGUAAGUGAUUUUUAGCUGUAUUCCUCUUCUUCCAUCCACAGAUAUUAAGGUGGAAGUCAAUAUUUUUUGGAACAUCGUGGUUUCGCUAGACUUAGGUUGUCAAUAUGCUAAUAAACAAUCACGGUUAGUGAUAGAAUAUGUCUGUGUAUUGAAUUGUGAGCGAACACAUUUCUAGAUAUUUUAGCAGAAAAUGUCUACCAUUGUUUCUCUAAAUAUGUUUGUUUUUUUAAAAAUGUCUUUUGUAUUACUGUAUAUAAAACCUGACAGACAUGAGGAGUGUCCAGACUAUCUGCUUCAUAUCCAUAAAGCAGCAUGAAAAUUCACCACAGUGUAAAUGCAGCUCCGCUUGCUGCGAUGGGGCUUUUUCCAUGGUAUUGUUUUGUUCCUUUUGGAAUUAAGAAAAAGAAAUCAAUGUUUUGUAAGGAUCAUACUCAACUGUUUACUCGAGAAUAUGACGACGUGGCUGUUGUGGUUCGGUUGGUUUGGUGGCAUGACGCUAUGUGCAAAGAGUCCAUUCUUUAUUUCAUGAGAAAAUAAGCACAUCUUUAUUAUGACAUGGUGUAAACAGAAGAUAUGUCUAAAAGUGAGGAAAUUCAAUGGAUUCACAUCUUAGCCAAGAUCGAAUUUCAGGAGUUUUCUUUCCCCGUGUUAAAUGAUGCUACGAUGUCCAAAUUGAUGUAAAAGUGAUCCAAAUGUUAAUGAAUAAUUGCUUUUUAAUUAAUUAUUUUUUUAAAUGUUUUGUAUCGACGAAAUAUAGUGAAAUAUAUUCAAUCUUAAGUCUUUAACGUAGAUAACUUAAAUCACUACAGGAAUUCAGGAUGUGCCUGUCUGCUUGAGGAAUGUUCCUUCCCAAACUAAGAUUGUUGGCUUCACAGGAUAGUAUUUUCUCUCUGUAUUUACUGAUGUAUAUGCUGUAAAGGCAUGAUAACAAUUAGCCAAGAUGUUUAUUAACCAUAAUUGGUUGGAUAAUUGUUCGUUUUUAUCAAUACUGUAUUGAUAUUUUGACAUGUCAAAAUAAAUUUUCAUGAAGCAGUGUG